CCACAUAUUCCAGGGUUUUCUCUUUCUUCAAACGCCGCUGCUUAAGAGAGAAAACUCGUUAAACUGAUCUCGGAGGAAUCGCAGCCAUGUCGGAGAAAGCAGUCACCAUCAGGACAAGGAAGUUCAUGACCAACAGACUUCUCUCCAGGAAGCAGUUUGUUAUUGAUGUUCUUCACCCAGGGAGAGCCAAUGUUUCAAAGGCUGAGCUGAAGGAGAAGUUGGCAAGGAUGUACGAGGUUAAGGACCCGAAUGCAAUCUUUGUAUUCAAAUUCAGAACCCAUUUUGGAGGUGGGAAGUCAUCUGGGUUUGGUUUGAUAUAUGACAAUGUGGAGAGUGCCAAGAAGUUUGAGCCUAAGUACAGACUCAUCAGGAAUGGACUUGACACGAAGAUUGAGAAAUCAAGGAAACAGAUUAAGGAGAGGAAGAACAGAGCCAAGAAGAUCCGUGGUGUUAAGAAGACCAAGGCUGGUGACCCCAAGAAGAAGUGAGGUGUUGAAUAGAGCAGCAGGAGCAAGGGUUGUACUCUGCAGUAUCCCUUGUUUAUGGCCAUAUUUGCUAUUAGUCAUCGUCUAGUUGGAUUUUGUGCUUGUCAUUAUCACACUCGUUUUUGUCUCGGUCUGGAUUAUAUGUUUUAAGCAUUAGAGAAAUGUUAAGAUUUUGAUGAAUACAUUUUUUUUUUCAAAACUGUUGUCUCCUUGAAAUUUAUACAAGGGGGCCUGCUUUAUUUGAGUCAUACAAGGUUACAGUUUGGUUA